CCCAGGUGCUACUAUUAUAUGAAAAUAUCUUGGGUCAGUUGAAAAUCAGCUGGCACCCAUUGCUUGAAAUGGUUUCACCCUACUCUGUGUAACAAGAAUCAGCAGUGAAAGUAAGUGAGGCUUUCUCAUCUGUGAGCCCCUUCAUGGCAGUCUGAAUCUCUCCACUUACGCUCUCCAAGCUGCAUAUCUGUCAGCAUGCCUGGAAAGGCUGAAGUUAUUCUUGGUGGGUCCAAGCGAUUUGAAUGCCAAGUUGUUGGCAAUCCCAGGCCUUCAAUAAGAUGGUUCAAGGAUGGUAUUGAUAUAACCAACAAAACACGUUACAAUUUUGAAUAUGAUGAAGAUGGAAUUAUUUCAAUGUACAUUGAAAAUGUUUUGCAGUCAGAUGGUGGAUUUUACCGUUGCCGAGCAGAAAACACUCAAGGAGUUGCAACAACUGCUGCAUAUCUUCAUAUCAUACAUGAUAUGCUUAAUGGGGAAGAUCGUUCCACAACUCAUAUUAUGGAUGCAAUGCAAGCUGAAACAAGAGAAAGUUAUGAAGAUGAUAAAUAUAAAAGUAUAUUAUCUAGUAUGUCAAAACAAGAAGUACAAACUUCAAAAUCAAGCAAAAUGAUGAAAUCCCAAUCUGUUGAUGUUUAUUCUUAUGAAGAAAUUAUGAAAUCAGACAGAAGAAGAAUAUCACUUGAUGAUAUUGUUGACUCUGAACACAUGGAAUCUGUAAGUGAAAUGAUGUCAAGGAAGUCUUAUCUUGAUGAAGCAUCACGAGUUGAUAUGACUGACAGUACUCAGAAAAUGAAUCCUGUCAAAACCAAAAAAGCAACUGAAUCUGAAAGAAAAAUGUCUCCUGAUAAACCUGAAGAAGAAGAAGAGAUCAUAUUUGAAAAUGGAAAUGCUACCGAAGAAGAUGAUGGAAGAUGUCCACCUGCUAUUAUUAGCAUCAGUGAAGAUGUCUAUACUAAAGAAGAAAAGAUAGUGACAUUAGAAUGUUGUGUAACAGGUUAUCCCGAGCCUGACGUACAAUGGUUUAAAGAUGGAAAUCCUAUCAGAUCUAACUAUAAUUUCACUCUAAGAAAGAAAAAUGAUAAGUACAGCUUGGAGAUAGCAGCAGCUACAGAAAAAGACCGUGGAAAGUAUACUGUUACGGCACACAAUACUGAGGGUACUAUAAUUGGCGACAUUAUGGUUAACGUUGAGAGUUUAAAAGAAAAACCAAAGUUCCUUGAAGAACCUAUUUCUCAGAAGGUUAAAACAUCCAAAUCAUGUAUAUUUUCCUGUGCAGUGUCUGGUAACCCCAAACCUCACAUUAAAUGGAUGAAAAAUGAGGAAAUACUUACAAACAGAGAAGAUAUCAUAAUAUAUGAAGCACAAGGAAGACAUAUUUUGAAAUUUACAAAUGCUUCUGAUCAACAUAUGGGGAAAUAUACUUGUAUUGCAGAAAACCAAUAUGGUACAACUUCAACUGAUUUUGAAUUUGAAGUUGGAGAUAUUGGUGCUUACUUUUUGGAAGAACUAUCAGAUGUGACAGUAGAUGAGAAGCAAAUGGCCAUUUUUACAUGCAUAAGUGCAGAGGAAUAUCCUUCUGUUACUUGGCUGAAAGAUGGCAAGAAGAUCAUCGAAACUGACAGAACAGAAAUAAUAAUUGACAGAAAACUCCAUAAACUUAUCAUCAAAAAUGUUACUGCUGAAGAUAGGGGUGACUACACCUGUGUUAUCGAGAAAGCCUCAACUAAAGCAAACUUAAAAGUAAAUGAAAUAAACACAGGCUUUUCGAAAAAAUUGACAAGUCUCACAGUGGAUGAGAAACAAACUGCCAUUUUCAUGUGCGUAAGCAUACAAGAAAAUGUCACUGUUACAUGGCUUAAAAAUGGCAAAAAGAUCAAAGAAACAGAAAGAGUUGAAGCAACAACAGAUAAAAGACUUCAUAAACUUAUUAUAAAACAUGUUUCUGCUGAAGAUGAGGGUGAAUACACCUGUGUUAUUGAUGACAUCUCAACUUCAGCAAAAUUGAAAGUAAAUGAACAAACUUCUGGCUUUUCGCAAAAGUUGAAAAGUCUUACUGUAGAAGAAAAACAGAUAGCUAUUUUUACAUGUGUUACUGUUCAAGAUAACGUUUUAGUAACUUGGCUGAAAAAUGGUGAGAACUUGAAGGAAACCGAAAGAGUUGAAACAACCACUGAUAGAAGACUUCACAAACUUAUAAUAAAACAUGCUAAUGCAGAAGAUACUGCAGAAUACUCUUGUGUUGUAGAUGGUAUUUCUACUACAGCAAACUUGAAAGUGAAUGAACUGACCACGGGAUUUUCACAAAAAUUGACAAGUGUCACAGUGGAUGAGAGACAGAUGGCUAUUUUUACAUGUGUCUCUGUUCAGGGUGAUGUCAUGGUUACCUGGAUGAAAAAUGGCAAAAAGUUAAAGGAAACUGAUAGAACUGAGAUGACAACUGAUAGAAGACUCCAUAAACUUAUAAUAAAACAUACUACUGCUGAUGAUACUGGAGAGUAUUCUUGCACUGUGGAUGAUAUUUCCACUAAAGCAAACUUGAAAGUAAAUGCAAUAACCACUGGUUUUUCACAAAAGUUGACAAAUCUAGCAAUAGAUGAGAAACAAAUGGCCAUUCUUACAUGUGUCACUGUUCAAGACAAUGUUUUAGCUACUUGGCUGAAAAAUGGUGAGCCCUUGAAGGAAACCAAUAGAAUUGAAACAACAACUGAUGGGAGACUUCAAAGACUUAUAAUAAAACAUGUUAAUACAGAAGAUUCUGGUGAAUACUCUUGUGUUGUGGAUGGUGUUUCAACCAAAGCAAAACUGAAAGUAAACGAAAUGACAACUGGUUUUUCACAGAAGUUGAAAUGUCUCACAGUAGAUGAAAGACAAAUAGCUAUUCUUACAUGUGUUUCUGUUCAAGAUGAUGUUUUAGUUACUUGGCUGAAAGAUGGUGAGAAACUGAGUGACACUGACAGAAUUGAGACAUCAACUGACAGAAGACUUCACAAACUUAUUAUAAACCAUGUUAAUAUGGAAGAUACUGGAGAAUACUCUUGUGUUGUAGAUGGUGUUGCAACUACAGCAAAGUUGAUUGUACAUGAAAAGAAAAUAGCAUUCUCAAAGAAAUUAACUGAUAUGACAGCCUUUAAAGAUGAAACAAUUGAAUUAAUUUGUGAAUCACUUGAAAAUGUUGAGGUUGUGUGGACAAAGGAUGGCUCAGAAAUAACAAGUGAUGAAAGAACAGAAAUCAUCAAUGAAGGAAAAGUUCAUAAACUAAGAAUAAAAGAUAUUACAGAUGAAGACACAGCUGAAUAUAGAUGUUUUGUUGGAGAAUUAUAUACAGAAUCCUAUUUGACUGUAGAAGAAGACACUCUUCGAUUCACUAAGCAGUUAUGUGAAGUGAGAGUCACUGAAAGCAAUACAGCAAUAUUCACUUGUGAAAUGUCCAAGGAAAAUAUAAAAGUAACUUGGCUGAAAGAUAAUGAGGAACUAAAACUUGAUGAUCGCAUGGAGCUAAAAGUAGAUAAGAAAGUGCACACACUUAUUAUUAACAAUGUUACUGUGGAAGAUCAAGGAGAUUACACUUGUGUGGCUGGAACAGUCUCUACAACUACAUCUAAACUCGUUGAAGAAACUGAAAUGUAUGAAGAAAUAGUCCAAGAAGUGAUGCCAGAAUUCAUAAAACCACUCACAGAAGUUAAAGUUAAAGAGCAAGAAACAGCUACUUUUAUGUGUGAAACAUCUAUAGAUUGUCUCGAUCCUGUUUGGUUGAAAGAUGGAAAUCUCAUAUUUGAAGAUGAAAGAACAAAAUUUGUCACAGAGCAGAAUAGAUACAAACUUAUCAUUUCUGAAGUUAAGUUGGAGGAUAGAGGAGAGUAUUCUUGUUUUAUUGAUCAAAUAUCGACUUCAGCUAAACUUCAUGUUGAGGAAAUACAACCAGAGUUCACAAAACAUCUUCAAGAUGUAACUGUCAAAGAAGAAGAAACUGCUAUAUUUGUUUGUGAAUUAUCAAAAGACAAUGUGAAAGUAGAUUGGUUCAAAAAUGGAAUCAAAUUGACAGCUAGUAAAAUAAUUGAAAUAAAAACAGAAAAAAGAGUUCAGAAACUUAUAAUUCGUAAAGUUACACUUGAAGAUUUUGGAGAGUAUUCUUGUACCAUCGGCAAUGUGUCAACUACUGCUAAGUUGAUUGUUGAAGAAAUAAAAUCCGAAUUCACCAAAGAACUUAAAGAAAUUCAUGUCACUGAAUAUGAUGACGCUGAAUUUUCUUGCGAAGUUUCUAAAGAGUACAUCCAAGUUGUUUGGUAUAAAGAUGGAAAGCAAAUACAAGAUCAAAGGAUCAAAAUUGUCACUGAAAAGAAAAUGCGCAAACUUGUCAUACAUGAUGUAAGAAUUGAAGAUCAGGGUGAAUAUAAAUGUAUGAUUGGAGAAUUAUUUACUUCGGCCAGUCUAUCAGUGAAAGAAAUGAAAGCAAGUUUUACUCAAGAACUUGUUGAAGAAGUUAAAGUAGAAACAAAUGGAACAGUUACACUUACCUGCGAGAUGUCUGAGGAAAAUAUCAAAGCAACUUGGUUGAAAGAUGGUAAAGUCUUGCAAUCGGACAACAGGAUUAAAAUGGUUACAGAGAAAACAACACAGAAACUUAUUAUAAAUAAAGUCACAUCAGAAGACACUGGUGUAUAUACAUGCAAAGUUGGAAAAAUAUCUACUACUGCAAGACUAAUUGUUGAAAAAUCAAAAGCAGAAUUUACUACUAAACUUACUGAACAGAAGAUAAGAAUCACUGAAACAGUGAUAUUUACUUGCGAAGUUGAUAGAGAAGAUGUCAGUUGUGUGUGGUUGAAGGAUGGAAAAGAAAUAAAAUCAACUGAGCGAAUUGAAAUCAUUACCGAGAAGAGAACCCACAAGCUUAUUAUUCACAACGUAAAAGCAGAGGAUAAAGGAGAGUACAGCUGUGUAGUGGGCGAGGUUUCUACUUCAGCAAGACUCGUGGUUGAAGAAUCAAAAGCAGAAUUCACCACUAAACUCACAGAACAAAAAAUAAGAGUGACUGAAACAGCUGUAUUCACUUGUGAAGUUGACAAAGAAGAUGUCAGUUGUGUAUGGUUGAAAGAUGGAAAAGAAAUAAAAACAAACGAGAGAAUUAAAAUAGUUACUGAGAAGAAAACCCACAAACUUAUAAUCCAUAAUGUCACAGUAGAAGACAGAGGAGAAUACAAAUGCGUGGCGGGCGAAGUUUCAACAACAGCCAAACUUGUAGUUGACCAAAAACCAUCUGAAAUUGAAUCUACAGUUGAAAUUGUAACAGAAAAAGUAACUCGCACAGAAACACGUUCUGAAGUCGAAUCUACAGUUGAUAUUGUGACGCAGGAGGAGCGUCCUAGAGAACAACCUUCUCAGGUCGACGCCUCAGUUGAAAUUGUUACUGAGACAGAAUCUCGCAUAGAAAAACCAUCUGAAAUUGAAUCUACAGUUGAAGUUGUUACAGAAAAAGUAACUCGCACAGAAACACGUUCUGAAGUCGAAUCUGCAGUUGAUAUUGUGACGCAGGAAGAGCGUCCUAGAGAACAACCUUCUCAGGUCGACGCUACAGUUGAAAUUAUUACUGAGACCGAAUCUCGCAUAGAAAAACCAUCUGAAAUUGAAUCUACAGUUGAAGUUGUUACGGAAAAAGUAACUCGCACAGAAACACGUUCUGAAGUCGAAUCUACAGUUGAUAUUGUGACGCAGGAGGAGCGUCCUAGAGAACAACCAUCUCAGGUCGAUGCCACAGUUGAAAUUGUUACUGAAACUGAAUCUCGAGUAGAAAAACCAUCUGAAAUUGAAUCUACAGUUGAAAUUGUUACCGAAACCGAAUCACGCAUAGAAAAACCAUCUGAAAUUGAAUCUACAGUUGAAGUUGUUACGGAAAAGGUAACACGCACAGAAACACGUUCUGAAGUCGAAUCUACAGUUGAUAUUGUGACACAGGAGGAGCGUGCAAAAGAACAACCUUCUCAGGUCGACGCCACAGUUGAAAUUGUUACUGAAACUGAAUCACGCAUAGAAAAACCAUCUGAAAUUGAAUCUACAGUUGAAGUUGUAACGGAACAAGUAACUCGCACAGAAACACGUUCCGAGGUAGAAUCUACAGUUGAACAACCUUCUGAGGUCGACGCCACAAUUAGCGUUGUUACUGAAACCGAAUCUCGCAUAGAAAAACCAUCUGAAAUUCAAUCUACAGUCGAAGUUACAACAGAAACAGUAACUCGUACAGAAACACGCUCUGAGGUGGAAUCAACAGUUGAUGUUGUGACACAGGACGAGCGUCCUAAAGAACAACCGUCUGAGAUCGACGCCACAGUUAAAAUUGUUACAGAAACCGAAUCUCGCAUAGAAAAACCAUCUGGAAUUGAAUCUACAGUUGAAGUUGUCACGGAAAAAGUAACUCGUACAGAAACACGUUCUGAGGUGGACUCUACAUUUGAUGUUGUGAAACAGGACGAACGUCCAAAAGAACAACCUUCUGAGGUCGACGCUACUAUUAAAGUUGUUACAGAAACCGAGUCUCGCAUAGAAAAACCAUCGGAAGUUGAAUCUGCAGUUGAGGUUGUGACAGAAAAAGUAACUCGCACAGAAACACGUUCUGUGGUAGAAUCUACAGUUGAACAACCUUCAGAAGCCACAGUUGAAAUCAUUACAGAAACUGAAUCUCGCGUAGAAAAACCUCAAAUCGAAUCUACAGUUGAGGUUGUAACUGAAAAAGUAACGCGCACAGAAACACAUUCUAUGGUGGAAUCUACAGUUGAACAACCUACUGAGGUAGAAGCCACGGUUGAAAUUGUUACAGAAACCGAAUCUCGUAUAGGAAAACCAUCUGAAGUUGAAUCAACAGUUGAAAUUGUUACGGAAACUGAAUCACGCAUCGAAAAACCAUCUGAAAUUGAAUCUACUGUUGAGAUUGUAACGGAGAAAGUAACUCGUACAGAAACACAUUCGGAGGUGGAAUCUACAGUUGAUAUUGUGGCGCAGGAAGAGCGUCCCAGAGAACAACCUUCUGAGGUUGAAGCUACAGUUGAAAUUGUUACAGAGACCGAAUCUCGCAUAGAAAAACCGUCGGAAGUUGAAUCUACAGUUGAACAUCUAACAGAACCAGAAUAUUGGAUAGAUCGGCCGCGUGCUGAAACGAUCGAAACGAUAUCGGAAACAAUAGUGCGUGGAGAAAAACCAUCAGAUGUUGAAUCCACAUAUGAAAAACUUUUCGCGGUGAAAUCUACUGUAGCAAAACUUUCUGCAGUGGAAUCUACAGUUGAACAACCUUCUGAGGUCGAAACCACAGUUGAAAUUAUUAAAGAAACGGGAUCUCGAAUAGAAAAAACAUCUGAAAUUGAAUCUACAGUUGAAAUUGUAACAGAAAAAGUAACACGAACAGAAACACGGUCGGAAGUGGAAUCUAGUGUUGAUAUUGUGACACAGGACGAGCGUCCGAUAGAACAACCUUCUGAGGCCGAAACCACAGUCGAAAUUGUUACAGAAACCGAAUCUCGCAUAGAAAAACCGUCAGAAGUUGAAACUACAGUUGAAGUUGUAACGGAGAAAGUAACUCGCACAGAAACACAUCCUGAGGUUGAAACUUCAGUUGAACCUCUAACAGAACCAGAAUAUUGGAUAGAUCGACCGCAUGCUGAAACUAUUGAAAUUAUAAAGGAAACCAUUAUUCGUGGAGAAAAACCAUCUGAAGUUGAAUCCACAUUUGAAACACCAUCUGAAGUUGAAUCUGCUGUUGAGGUCGUAACGGAGGAAGUGACUCAUACAGAAAAACCGUCUGAAGUCGAAUCUACAGUUGAAGUCGUAACGGAAAAAGUAACCCGUACAGAAACACGUUCUGAGGUGGAAUCUACAGUUGAUAUUGUGACCCAGGAGGAGCGUCCCAGAGAAGAACCUUCUGAAGUUGAAGCCACAGUUGAAAUUAUUAAAGAAACCGAAUCUCGCAUAGGAAAACCGUCUGAAGUUGAAUCUACUGUGGAUGCUAAAGUAGAGUUUACAAAAACGAUAAAGGACAUGAAAGUUAAAGAAAAGCAACAAGCAAUGAUGAUAUGCGAAGUUUCAAAAGAAAAUAUAACAGUCAUAUGGAAAAAGAAUGGCAAAGAAAUCAAAAGUGAUGAUCACAUAAAACUUGUUUCUGAUAUGAAGGUUCAUCAAUUGAUUAUUGAAAAUGUUACUUUGGAAGAUAUAGGAGAAUAUUCUUGUGUGACAGGUGAUGUGUCUACAUCAGCCACAUUAUCUGUGGAAGAACUAAAACCUGAAUUUACAAAGAAAUUAACAAACAUUAAAGUCACAGAAAAGCAAAAAGUGGUAUUGCAAUGUGAAAUAUCAAAGGAAAACACCAAAGUCACAUGGAAAAAGAAUGGCAAAGAAAUCCAGAGUGAUAAUCACUUAAAGAUUGUUGCUGAUAUGAAGGUUCAUCAACUGAUUAUAGAAAAUGUUACAUUGCAAGAUAUAGGAGAAUAUUCUUGUGUGGCAGGUGAUGUGUCUACAUCAGCCACAAUUUCUGUGGAAGAAGCGCCUGCUGUUAAAGAACCUGACACUGAAACAAAAGCUGAAUUUACAAAGAAAUUAACAAAUAUUAAAGUGAAAGAUAAUGAGAAAGUUGUCUUUGUGUGUGAAAUAUCAAAGGAAAACACAAAAGUUACUUGGAAAAAGAACGGCAAAGAAAUUCAAGGUGAUAGUCACUUGAAGAUUAUUGCUGAUAUGAAGGUCCACCAAUUGAUUAUUGAAAAUGUUACUUUGCAAGAUGUGGGAGAAUACACUUGUGUGGCGGGUGAUGUGUCUACAUCAGCCACAUUAUCUGUGGAAGAAGCACCUACUGUAGAAGAGCCUGACACUGAAAUAAAACCUGAAUUUACAAAGAAAUUAACAAAUAUUAAAGUGAAAGAAAAAGAAAAGGUUGUUUUAAUAUGUGAAUUGUCGAAGGAAAACAUUAAAGUCACAUGGAAAAAGAACGGCAAAGAAAUUCAAAGUGAUGAUCACUUGAAGAUUGUUGCCGAUAUGAAAGUUCACCAACUGAUUAUUGAAAAUGUUACAUUGCAAGAUAUAGGAGAAUAUUCUUGUGCAACAGGUGAUGUGUCUACAUCAGCCACGAUAUUUGUGGAAGAAAUAAAGACUGAAUUUACAAAGAAAUUAACAAAUAUUAAAAUGAAAGAGAAAGAAAAAGCUGUUUUAAUAUGUGAAUUGUCAAAGGAAAACACAAAAGUCAUUUGGAAAAAGAAUGGCAAAGAAAUUCAGAGUGAUAAUCACUUGAAGAUUGUUGCCGAUAUGAAGGUUCACCAACUGAUUAUUGAAAAUGUUACUUUAGAAGAUAUAGGAGAAUAUUCUUGUGCAGCAGGUGAUGUGUCUACAUCAGCCACAAUAUCAGUGGAAGAACUGCCUGUUGUAAUAGAGCCUGACACUGAAAUAAAACCUGAAUUUACAAAGAAACUAACAAAUAUUAAAAUGAAAGAAAAAGAAAAGGCUGUUUUAAUAUGUGAAUUGUCGAAGGAAAACACGAAAGUCACAUGGAAAAAGAAUGGCAAAGAAAUUCAAAGUGAUGAUCACUUGAAGAUUGUUGCUGAUAUGAAAGUUCACCAACUGAUUAUUGAAAAUGUUACUUUGCAAGAUAUAGGAGAAUAUUCCUGUGCGACAGGUGAUGUGUCUACAUCAGCCACAAUAUCUGUGGAAGAAUUAAAACCUGAAUUUACAAAGAAAUUAACAAAUAUUAAGGUGAAGGAGAAAGGAAAGGCUGUCUUAAUAUGUGAAUUGUCGAAGGAAAACAUUAAAGUCAUUUGGAAAAAGAAUGGCAAAGAAAUUCAGAGUGAUAAUCGCUUAAAGAUUGUUGCCGAUAUGAAAGUUCACCAACUGAUUAUUGAAAAUGUUACUUUAGAAGAUAUAGGAGAAUAUUCUUGUGUGGCAGGUGAUGUGUCUACAUCAGCCACAAUAUCUGUGGAAGAACUGCCUGCUGUAAUAGAGCCUGACACUGAAAUAAAACCUGAAUUUACAAAGAAACUAACAAAUAUUAAACUGAAAGAAAAAGAAAAGGCUGUUUUAAUAUGUGAAUUGUCGAAGGAAAACAUUAAAGUCACAUGGAAAAAGAAUGGCAAAGAAAUUCAAAGUGAUGAUCACUUGAAGGUUGUUGCCGAUAUGAAAGUUCACCAACUGAUUAUUGAAAAUGUUACUUUGCAAGAUAUAGGAGAAUAUUCCUGUGCGACAGGUGAUGUGUCUACAUCAGCCACAAUAUCUGUGGAAGAACAACCUGCUGUAAUAGAGCCUGACACUGAAAUAAAACCUGAAUUUACAAAGAAAUUAGAAAAUAUUAAAGUGAAAGAAAAAGAAAAGGCUGUUUUAAUAUGUGAAUUGUCGAAGGAAAACAUUAAAGUCACAUGGAAAAAGAAUGGCAAAGAAAUUCAAAGUGAUGAUCACUUGAAGAUUGUUGCCGAUAUGAAAGUUCACCAACUGAUAAUUGAAAACGUUACUUUGCAAGAUAUAGGAGAAUAUUCUUGUGUGACAGGUGAUGUGUCUACAUCAGCCACGAUAUCUGUGGAAGAAAUCCCUGCUGUAGGAGAGCCUGACACUGAAAUAAAACCUGAAUUUACAAAGAAAUUAACAAAUAUUAACGUGAAAGAAAAGGAAAAAGUUGUCUUUCUGUGUGAAAUAUCAAAAGAAAACACAAAAGUCACUUGGAAAAAGAACGGCAAAGAAAUCAAAAGCGAUAGUCACUUGAAGAUUGUUGCUGAUAUGAAGGUUCACCAACUAAUUAUUGAAAAUGUUACUUUGGAAGAUAUAGGAGAAUAUUCUUGUGUGGCAGGUGAUGUGUCUACAUCAGCCACAUUGUCUGUAGAAGAAGUUCCUGUUGUGGGAGAGCCUGACACUGAAAUAAGACCUGAAUUUACAAAGAAAUUAACAAAUAUUAACAUGAAAGAAAAAGAAAAGGCUGUUUUAAUAUGUGAAUUGUCAAAGGAAAACAUAAAAGUUACAUGGAAAAAGAAUGGCAAAGAAAUAAAAAGUGAUAAUCACUUGAAGAUUGUUGCUGAAAUGAAGGUUCACCAACUAAUUAUUGAAAGUGUUACUUUGGAAGAUAUAGGAGAAUAUUCUUGUGCAACAGGUGAUGUGUCUACAUCAGCCACAUUAUCUGUGGAAGAAAUCCCUGUUGUAGAAGAGCCUGACACUGAAUUAAAACCCGAAUUUACAAAGAAACUAACAAAUAUUAAAGUGAAAGAAAAAGAAAAGGCUGUUUUAAUAUGUGAAUUGUCAAAGGAAAACACAAAAGUCACAUGGAAAAAGAAUGGCAAAGAAAUCAAAAGUGAUAAUCACUUGAAGAUUGUUGCCGAUAUGAAGGUUCAUCAAUUGAUUAUAGAAAAUGUCACUUUGGAAGAUAUAGGAGAAUAUUCUUGUGUGGCAGGUGAUGUGUCUACAUCAGCCACAUUGUCUGUAGAAGAAAUAAAACCUAAAUUCACAAAGAAAUUAGCAAAUGUUAACGUGAAAGAAAAAGAAAAAGCUGUUUUACUAUGUGAAUUGUCGAAGGAAAAUACAAAAGUCACAUGGAAAAAGAAUGGCAAAGAAAUCAAAAGUGAUAGUCACUUGAAGAUUGUUGCCGAUAUGAAGGUUCACCGAGUGAUUAUUGAAAAUGUUACAUUGGAAGAUAUAGGAAAAUAUUCUUGUGCGACAGGUGAUGUGUCUACAUCAGCAACAUUAUCUGUGGAAGAAAUAAAACCUGAAUUUACAAAGAAAUUAGUAAAUAUUAAAGUGAAAGAGAAAGAGAAGGCUGUUUUACUAUGUGAAUUGUCAAAGGAAAACACAAAAGUCAUUUGGAAAAAGAAUGGCAAAGAAAUCAGAAGUGAUAGUCACUUGAAAAUUGUUGCCGAUAUGAAGGUUCAUCAACUGAUUAUUGAGAAUGUUACUUUGGAAGAUACAGGAGAAUAUUCCUGUGUGGCAGGUGAUGUGUCUACAUCAGCCACAUUAUCUGUGGAAGAAAUACCUGCUGUAGGAGAGCCUGACACUGAAUUAAAACCUGAAUUCACAAAGAAAUUAAAAAACAUUAAAGUGAAAGAGAAAGAAAAGGCUGUUUUAAUAUGUGAAUUGUCAAAGGAAGACAUUAAAGUUACAUGGAAAAAGAAUGGCAAAGAAAUCAAAAGUGAUAAUCAUUUGAAGAUUGUUGUCGAUAAGAAGGUUCACCAACUGAUUAUCGAUAAUGCUAAUUUACAAGAUAUAGGAGAAUAUUCUUGUGUAGCAGGUGAUGUGUCUACAUCAGCCACAUUAUCUGUGGAAGAAAUAAAACCUGAAUUUACAAAGAAAUUAGAAAAUAUUAAAGUGAAAGAGAAAGAAAAGGCUGUUUUACUGUGUGAAUUGUCGAAGGAAAACAUUAAAGUCACAUGGAAAAAGAAUGGCAAAGAAAUCAAAAGUGAUAAUCACUUGAAGAUUGUUGCCGAUAUGAAGGUUCAUCAACUGAUAAUUGAAAACGUUACUUUGCAAGAUAUAGGAGAAUAUUCUUGUGUGGCAGGUGAUGUGUCUACAUCAGCCACAUUAUCUGUGGAAGAACUAAAACCUGAAUUUACAAAGAAAUUAACUAAUAUUAAAGUGAAAGAAAUGGAAAAAGUUGUCUUUCUGUGUGAAAUAUCAAAGGAAAACACAAAAGUUAAGUGGAAAAAGAAUGGUACAGAAAUCAAAAGUGAUAGUCACUUGAAGAUUGUUGCUGAUAAAAAGGUUCAUCAAUUAAUUAUUGAAAAUGUUACAUUGCAAGAUAUAGGAGAAUAUUCUUGUGCAGCAGGUGAUGUGUCUACAUCAGCCACAUUAUCUGUGGAAGAAAUAAAACCUGAAUUUACAAAGAAAUUAGCAAACAUUAAAAUGAAAGAGAAAGAAAAGGUUGUUUUGCUAUGUGAAUUGUCAAAGAAAAACAUUAAAGUCACAUGGAAAAAGAAUGGCAAAGAAAUCAAAAGUGAUAGUCACUUGAAGAUUGUUGCUGAUAUGAAGGUUCAUCAAUUGAUUAUUGAAAAUGUUACUUUGGAAGAUAUAGGAGAAUAUUCUUGUGUGGCAGGUGAUGUGUCUACAUCAGCCACAUUGUCUGUGGAAGAAAUAAAACCCGAAUUUACAAAGAAAUUAACAAAUAUUAAAGUGAAAGAAAAUGUAAAAGUGGUUUUACAAUGUGAAUUGUCAAAAGAAAACAUGAAAGUUACAUGGAAGAAAAAUGGCAAAGGAAUGAAAACUAAUAGUCACAUGAAGAUUGUUACUGAUAAGAUGGUUCACCAACUGAUUAUUGAAAAUGUUACUUUGGAAGAUAUGGGAGAAUAUGCUUGUGUGGCAGGUGAUGUGUCUACAUCAGCCACAUUGUCUGUGGAAGAACUAAAACCUGAAUUUACAAAGAAAUUAGUAAAUAUUAAAGUGAAAGAAAAAGAAAAAGCUGUUUUGCUUUGUGAGUUGUCAAAAGAAAACAAAAAAGUCAAAUGGAAGAAGAAUGGCAAAGAAAUCAAAAGUGAUAGUCACUUGAAGAUUGUUGCCGAUAAGAAGGUUCACCAAUUGAUUAUUGAGAAUGCUACUUUGCAAGAUAAAGGAGACUACACUUGUGUGGUAGGUGAUGUGUCUACAUCAGCCACAUUAUCUGUGGAAGAAAUAAAACCUGAAUUUACAAAGAAAUUAACAAAUAUUAAUGUGAAUGAGAAGAAAAAGGCUGUUUUACUAUGUGAAUUGUCAAAAGAAAACACUAAAGUUACAUGGAAAAAGAACGGCAAAGAAAUCAAAAGCGAUAGUCACUUGAAGAUUGUUGCUGAUAUGAAGGUUCACCAAUUGAUAAUUGAAAGUGUUACUUUAGAAGAUAUGGGAGAAUAUUCUUGUGUGGCAGGUGAUGUGUCUACAACUGCAACAUUGUCUGUGCAAGAAUCAGGGGCAGAAUUUUCCAAAAGACUUUCAAAUGUGAGUGUUACUGAAAAAGAAACAGCAGUUUUCUCAUGUGAAUUAACUAAAGAAAAUAUUAACGUGAAUUGGCUGAAAAAUGGACGGGAUAUGAAGAAAAAUGAGAGAUUUAGAAUCAUCACAGAGAAAUUCAUUCAGAAACUUAUAAUUGAAGAAGCAUGUUUUGAAGAUAAAGGAGAAUAUAUAUGUGACCUUGGUCAUGUCUCUUCUAAUGCUACUUUAAUUGUUGAAGAAGCACCUCCUGAAUUCAUCAAAAAAUUAGCAAAUACGAAAGUGAAAGAAAGUGAAACUACUUCAUUCACAUGUGAAUUAACAAAACCUAAUGUAAAGGUAAGAUGGAUGAAGGGAGGAAAGGAGCUAAAAUCAAGUAAGCGAAUUGAAAUCAUCACAGACAAGUAUGUACAGAAGCUUGUUAUACACGAUGUCACUUUAAAAGAUAAAGCUGAAUAUUCCUGUGUAAUUGGAAAUAAAUUUUCUAAAGCAAAACUUACUGUUGAAGCUCUAGAAAAGCCAGAUGGACAGCAAGCUGACUUUGUUUCUGAUACAAAGGAUGCUGUACCAAUCUAUUCACUUGUGUGUGAUUUUACUGAUACUAAAACUAAUGUGACACUACAAAAAGACGCUCAAGUCAUGGUCCUUAAUUCAACAGACACUGAAAUGUGGGUUGUGCAAAGUUUAGAAAGGAGGGAUCAGGUAUGCAGUGUUCCUUCAAAAAUGCUAAUGAUGGAUAAAACAAAAGAAGACACAAUUUCUCUGAAAAGGGACCAUAAAUCAAAGUCACCAAGUGGUAGAAUGUCUCCUGACAAAGAAGCAUUAUCAUCAGAAGAGGAAGAGGACAGCUUUUUACAUGAAGGAUUUCCUAUCUAUGUCGUCCUUGCGGAUUACAAGCCAGAUGAAGAUUGUACUGACAGCAUUCGACUCAGUGAAGGUCAGUUUGUAGAAGUUUUGGACAUGGAAAAUUGUGGACAAUGGCUUGUUCGCACAAAACCAACAAAAAGUACCCCUGCUAAACAAGGAUGGGUACCACCGGCAUAUUUGGAAAUAAAACCUGCUAUAAAAUCUCUUGUGAAGAAAAGCACUAGAGAAGCUUUCCGGGAAGAAAUUAUUCAGAUCAGUAAUAAACAACAAGAAGCUAGUUUAAAGAGAAGAUAUGCUCUGACUGACAUCCUGGAAACAGAACGAGAGUAUCUCCAUGAAUUAGAAACACUGAUGGAAACAUUUUAUAAUCAAAUGGAUAAACCAGAUGUACCUGCAUGUCUCAAAGAUAAUAAAGAUAUAAUAUUUGGUAACAUCAAAGAUAUUUAUGAUUUCCAUAAAAAUAUCUUUAUGAAUGAACUUUGUGAAUGUGCCAGCUUCCCAUCUAAAAUUGGUGGAUCUUUUCUUAAAAUGGCUGAGAAAUUCCAAAUGUAUAUUCCAUUUUUAUAUAACCGCCCAGAGGCUGAAAUUCUCUUAGCUACAGAAGAAGCAAAAGAAUAUUUGAAGACAUGUCCAAUUUCUGAUAAAUCCCUUGUUGAAUAUUUGUCUUGUCCACUCAAAAGAUUAAGUAUUUAUGAACAAAUACUUAAAGAUUGCUUACGUUAUACUGUAACUGCUGGAGAUGGUGUGAAAGAUCUUGAAAAGGCUAUUGAAAUGCUUAUGAAAAUAAUCAAAAGAGUUGAGCAUCUUCGUUUGCUGGCAAAUGUUGAAGAAUUUCCAGGAGAUAUAUAUAGCUUUGGAGAAGUACUGAGACAUGAUGAUGUUCAAAUAUGGGACAAAGAAGUUUCUAAAACCAAAGGAAAAGACAGACAUAUGUUUUUGUUUCCUGAUAAAAUAUUGAUAACAAAAAAGAAAAAACCAGAAUCUAUAACAGAUGCCCCAACUUUUGCUUUUAAGUCUUUGAUAGAUCUCCAAAAUAUACAAAUCAGUGAGCUUAUAGAAGAUGAAAGACGUUUUGAACUGUGGUUUGCAGAAGCAACAUCUGAAAAAUUAACUGUUCAAGCUAAAAAUAAUUAUGCAAAACAAGGAUGGAUCAAAGACAUAAGAGCUGCUCUGAAACAAAUGGGCAUUGAGGAAACUGAUAUUACUCUUGAACAACAAGAAGAAAUCUUGAGACACAAGAAGAAACUUGCUGAAGCUCUUGAAGAAGCUUCGAAGAAAAAACAACCAUCCCCAGAACCUCCAAAACCAACUGAAGCUCAACUUGAAUCUGAUUCUGACAGGAAAACUGAUGCCACAGAUUAUUAUUCAUUGGAUUCAUAUGAAAGUGAUACUUUAAGUUAUCAUACAGCUACUGAAUUCGAUGAUGGAACCGCAAAACCAGCUUUUAAAAAGAAGAUAUGCAAAACAGUUGCUGAAGAAGGAUCUCCUGUUACUUUGGAUUGUGUUGUCACUGGCAUGCCUGCUCCAACUGUAACAUGGUUUAAAGAAGAUAACAUCCUCAAAGAGUCAGAUAAUGUUAAAAUUAUUGACAAUGGUGAAAUUCACACACUCUCAAUCAAGGAUACAUCAAAAUUAGUUGCUGGAAUGUACACAGUAAAAGCAACAAAUGUAAAUGGCUCUAUUGAAUGCACUGCUGAAGUUACUAUCUUAGAAAGAAUCCCAGAAGAGAAAGUAUCACCUAAACCAGAAGAUACUACUGAUAGUAAGAUACCAGAAGUUGCAGUGCCAGAGGUCGCUGCUGAGAUUAAGAAACCAGAAGUAGCAGUACCAGAGGUCGCUGCUGAGAUUAAGAAACCAGAAGUAGCAGUACCAGAGGUCGCUGCUGAGAUUAAGAAACCAGAAGUAGCAGUACCAGAGGUCGCUGCUGAGAUUAAGAAGCCAGAAGUAGCAGUACCAGAGGUCGCUGCUGAGAUUAAGAAACCAGAAGUAGCAGUACCAGAGGUCGCUGCUGAGAUUAAGAAACCAGAAGUAGCAGUACCAGAGGUCGCUGCUGAGAUUAAGAAGCCAGAAGUAGCAGUACCAGAAGUUGCUGCUGAGAUUAAAAAGCCAGAUGUAGCAGUACCAGAAGUCGCUGUUGAGAUUAAAAAGCCAGAAGUAGCAGUACCAGAGGUCGCUGCUGAGAUUAAGAAACCAGAAGUAGCAGUACCAGAAGUUGCUGCUGUGAUUAAGAAGCCAGAUGUAGCAGUACCAGAAGUCGCUGUUGAGAUUAAAAAGCCAGAGGUAGCAGUACCAGAGGUUGCUGCUGAGAUUAAAAAGCCAGAGGUAGCAGUACCAGAAGUCGCUGCUGUGAUCAAAAAGCCAGAAGUUGCAGUACCAGAGGUUGCUGCUGAGAUUAAGAAACCAGAAGUAGCAGUACCAGAGGUCGCUGCUGAGAUUAAGAAACCAGAAGUAGCA